UCGCGUCAAAUCGAGCAAAGUGCGUGUGUUUUGAAUAACGAGGCUCGUUGGCUCGAGUCGACUGUUUUUUAAAUUUUUAUUCACACUCGCGCGUCCCGCGAUACGUACACGCAACAGUUUUAUAUCGAUCGGUGGAGUGGCCAAAGUGACCGUGGCGAAGAAAGGGAUGAAAAACGUCAGCGAGGAGGUUAGUUUCGCGAAGUAUCACAGAAAUGGACGCUCCGUGACUCCGAAAAUAUUGCACGAUGAAAACAAUUUAUUCGAUUAAAAGCGAAAAAGUGUCAAGUGCGCGAAAGUGUAUGGAGUGUGUGUGACACAGCAUAUGCACUUUUGGCUACUUCUCCGCUGCGGAAGAGAGUGCACGGCCUUUUAAAAAAGAACGACAGAGCAAACAGAUGUGAGAGACAGCGAGAGAGAGAGGACGCAGUUGACCGGCUGAUGGUUAUGCUGCACGUAGCCGAGACGAGAGUCCCCGCGAGUCGCCGCAAUGCUGACGGUACUCUGUCCUAACUGUAGGCACCGAUUUCCCGCGCCGGGAUGCUGUACCGGCCCGACCGCUAACAACGUCGCCACCUCGUCGACGAGUUUCACCUUCGACGGGUUCGCCGACAAAUUCAACAAUGACCCCACCAACGGCCUGCUCUACGUCAACGCGACUACCGAUUUUUCCGGCAAACAGCAGCAGGUGACGAUAAGCACGCAGUGCGGCAUCCAGUCGGGCGGGUGUUUGAUACAAAACAAGAGCAGCGCGGACGUGUUGCCGGUGCCGAGGGUCGAGGUGAAAUCGACGCUGUCGAGCGGUGGUUGCCUCGUGCAGAAGAAACCGGAGGAACAGUCCUCCGCCGCGGAGGAGGGUAGCCCCUCGUGGGACGGGCCUAUGCUCAUAAGCGAGGAACAGCUCAGGAAGAGCUUCGAGCAGGCCGCCCAGUUCCAAAAGAGCCACUCGAGGUCCACCAGCACGAACUUUGACGCCCAGCAGCAACCGGCGAGGACAGACGCGUUUCCGGACCCGCUAGGCAAAACAUUGCCGACGCAGAAUGUCACGUCGGCUCAGCCGAAACGCAAGAGCUGCGAGAGCAAGUGUUGCUGCUACUGCCGGUGCUGCUACAGCGACGACGAGGACAUGGUGUCCGGCUCGACGCAAAAGUCCCAAAAAUCAAAUUGCUGUAGUCAAAGUAGCGGUAACGACCAGUGCCUGGUGUCGGAGAAUCACAGGUUGGCCGGUUGCUGUCGCAAGAACAACGGAACCGGCGAGCCUAGCUGUAAUAUGGAAACCGACAAGUAUUCAGGGGACGUGCGUAUUCAGGUGAACGCAACGGUGCGCCUGCCCUCGUCGACGAAUAGCUGUACCCUCAACAUAACGACAACCACGACGACGACAGCCUCGCCGGUGAUAGAAAGAGUCGGUAGCGCCAACGGUCUGCUGGUAGAGCAGCCGCUGAGGCCACGCAACAACCUCAACGGCGGCGGUAUCGUCAACAUCAACCUCGUUGACGGCGGCGACGGUCUCUUGUCGUUCGACAAUCACAGGGAAGAGCAGCGACAGCAGCAACCACAACAACCGAGUACGCCUCUCUCGUGGUUGGCGCCCUGCCCUUGGGGCUUCGUCAACGGCCCGACCAAUGUCUUUUUACUCGAAAAAGACCACGCGAGGUUGGCGGAGGUCAGAAAGCUGUUGCAGGCCAGUGGCUGGUACUACGAGGGCAUCAGCUGGCAACAGAGCGAGGAUCUGUUGAAAAACUCGCCCGUUGGCACGUGGCUCAUGAGGGAUAGCUCCGACAGCAGGUAUACCUUUGCCGUGUCGGUGCAGACGGCGCGAGGACCAACGUCCGUACGGGUGUUUUACUUCAUGGGCAAGUUCAGGCUGGACGCGGAGCCUCGUUUGGCCAUGACGAUGCCGCUCUUCGACUGUCCCAUCAAGAUGAUCGAGUACUACGUCGAGUUCUCGAAACAAUUCGACCCGGACAGGCGCGAGGUCUGGGUGGAUUACACCGGCCACAUCUACUCGCAGAUCUACCUGUCGGAUCCGCUGCUGAAGAAGGUGCGCUCGCUCGCCCACCUCGCUCGCAUCGCCGUCAAUCGGGCUGGACUCGAAAAGGAGAAGGAACGCCUGCCGCCUCUCAUCAAAAACUAUCUCGCAGAGUACCCGUAUUCUAUGUAACAAUGAUGAUGAUGAUAAUUAUAAUGGACAGGAGCAGUGAGUUUUGUUUGCUUUCGAGCGAACCGAAUACUUAGGAUGGUAGUUUCUGAAUUGAGCAAUCGUAUACAUGGACCAUGUACAGUUUUCCUCUUACCCGUUUUGACGGGCCCUUCCAAUGAUUUCUGCAUAUCGGCGUGUAAUUUUCAUCACACGACCGCUUUUUAACUACGUGAUUAGUAUUGGAGCAUUUUUUUUUUUUAAGUUCGUUUUAUUCAUUCACGAUGAAUCGGUGUGAUUGAUGGGAAGGCUGAGAAAUCGUACGUAAAAGGGUGAUCAGAUGACUGAAGCUUUCGUUCUGUCGUCUGAGUAUAUUACAUUUUAUUGCUUUUCGAUUCGCAAGCGCUCUGUCCGGUGUAUUUUUUGUUGAAAAUGAUCAUACAUGACUUAGUAAGCAUACCAUUUUCAAUCAUUUAAUAGACUAGUCUUAUGAAAACAUAAUAAUUUUGUUACUGUAAAUUGUGAUUGAUUGCUUUGUCGAGAGGUGUAAAAAAUUUAACUUUUACUAGUUGAUCAAAUGUUUCGUGAUUUUUUUGCCAAUCGUCUGUUGUAUGAUUUUUUUUUCUUUUUUUUUUUUUAUUACAAAUCGUUUGUUUGGAGAAAGAACAUGCAAAGUUUACGGUAUAGAACUGUUCAGUAUUUGUAUAAUUAUACAACCUUAAUACUAGAUUAGCAAAAAUUUUGUUUGUUUCUACUAUUAUCUAAAUGAACUUUAACUUUUCUCCUAACGAAUACAUUAGUGUACUGAGCGUGUACUAAUUGGCUGUAGAUAGAUAAUUUACGAAAUUCGUAACGAGAGGCAGUUGUUUUAAUUGCUUUUUAAUGAAUGUUGAUUCAUUUGAAGAGAACAAUUUAAGUCCUGUAGCUAUACAUCACGGAUGAAAAAAUUCAAUUAAUUGACAUGAAAAAAAAAAAAAAAAAAAAAAAAAAA